AUGAGCAAGAACAAGUUUUUGACUAACGCCGAUCUGCAGGAGUAUUGGGAACAUUUUACGGGACUAGGUGAUGAUGGAUGUGUAGAUAGCGACACAGAUAGUAUUGCAGAUCCUUCUUUUCUACCAGAAGAAGAAUGCAUUCGCAACAACGAGAGCGAUCUUUCAUCGCAUGUAGAAGAAAAUGGCAACGAUACUCAAUUUGAUCAUGAAGAUGAUCUUCCACUUUUGUCAUUUCUGAUUAUAAAACCAGGUGAGGGACCUAUGACCAAAAAUUUCGAAUGGAAAUCAAGGGGUUUAGAGCUGAAUGAAGAUCAAUUACGAUUUCGUGGGGAUGUUGAAUUGCCUGACGAUGUUUUAUCUUUAGAAACACCAUAUGAAUUUUUCAACUAUUUCUUUUCCAAUGAUCUGAUCUCUUCAAUUGUGCAAGAGACUAACCUUUAUGCUGUGCAAACCAAACCUGAGCAGCCACCCUGUUUUACUGAAAACAAUAUAAAACAAUAUCUUGGCAUUAUUAUUUUUACUUCAUCGGUUCAUAUGCUAAAUCUGAGGUCAUUUUGGAGUAAAGAACUAAGAUUUUCACCAGUGGCAGAUGUGAUGUCGGUAAAUAUGUUUGAGAAGAUAAGACGAUUUAUACAUUUCACCAACAGCGAUACUUUUAUACCUCGCGGCCAGCAAGGUCAUGACAGGCUGCACAAAAUCAGACCUCUUGUUGAUUUUUUCAACAACAAAUUUUCUUCAGGUUCAUUAGAGCAGCAUCUUAGUAUAGAUGAACGGAUGUGCUCAACGACAGUCAAGCACUAUAUGGAACAAUAUAUGCCAAUGAAACUUACUGGUCAAGGUCAAGACGUACCAGGCAAUAAACCCAACUUUGGAGUUACUUCCAAUCUAGUCCUACGGUUGGCCAGCAUUAUUCCACGACAGCACAACUACGUAUUAUAUGAUGAUAAUUAUUAUACGGCUUUGCCCUUGAUGGUCCAUUUAGCAAAAGAGGGAAUCUAUUCCUUGGGUACUAUUCGAAGAAAUAGAAUACCCAGCAACAAAUUACCAACAGAAGCUACAUUGAAAAAAGCUGACCGUGGUACUAGUCAUGAAUUUGUUGCUAUAAUUGAUAUCGAUAAAUACGUAAUGAAAGACAAUAAAUACGUAACUCUAGCGUCUUUAUUUGCUGGAAGGAAUCCGAUUACUAAAGUAAAAAGGUUUGACCUAAAAGAAAAAAAAUCUAUAGAAGUGGAUUGCCCUUAUAUAAUAACAGAGUACAAUAAACAUAUGGGUGGAGUAGAUCUGUUAGACAGUUUAAUGGGGAGGUAUAAAAUACAACUAAAAAGUCGCAAAUGGUACAUGAGGAUUUUUUACCAUCUUCUAGAUCUGGUGUUGGUAAAUUCGUGGUUGCUAUACAAACGUGCAUUAAGUAAAAAACAACCAGGCUGUAAACUAAAAAAUCAAGCAGAAUUCCGUGCUGAAGUUGCUAAUUACUUGUGUGCUGUAAGAUCUGUAGUUAUAAAACGUGGUCGCCCUAGUUCCAGUCUGCAAAAUAACAUAGACGAAAAGAGAAAAAGAGGUCCCAUGAAGCAUGUGCCACCAAUGGAGGUCCGUGCAGACCAAAUUGGUCAUUGGGCAGUCCUACAAGACGCAAAAAUGCGCUGCAAAUAUCCUAAGAACCUCGGAAUAUUUUUAUAUUCAUCAUUUUGUCCAAAGACUCAUUGGCGUAUCGACCUUCAUAAAGAACCGGAAGGUAGUGAAAAGGGCAGUAAACUGGGGCUACUUGCACACGUUUUCAGCACAUUUCCCAAUGUACCCCCGUACAUUGUAACUUUACAACAAAUUACAUUGUACCGACCUAUUUAA